GGGGUGCGGGGCGCAAGCCCUUCCCGGCCUGGCCACAGACCGCCGAGACUUCGCUUCGCUCAGGCUCCCCGAGCGUCAUGUGACCCGAGCGCUUGGUUGGUGCAGAUGGAGCGCCCCUCGAGAAGUGCAUACCAGCCGCUCAUAAAACCAGGGUGCUCGAAACAGAGAGGGAAAGGUGCCUUCCCACCUCCCUCCACCCCUCUCUCAAUGCAAGGGGGGUGGGAAGCGGUAUUUCUAUCCCACCAUAGGUAUUUUUAGGCUGGUCAGAAAUUCUCCAGAUUAACAUACAAUACACGCAUUUAGGCAGAACGCUUAAAGGAUUCUAUGAAAGUUUUGUCUUCUGAAGUCUUAGGCAGCCUAUAUGGCUUUAUAAUUGUGUUUGUGGGAGGGGGGGGCGUUAUUGGUUUGUUUUUGUUGUUGCUUUUGCUUUCUGGUAUAUUUUGUGAUCUCAUUUUGUAUUUUUCUGUUGUGACCUGCCCUGGGAUCUUCAGAUGAAGGGCAGUAUACAAAUUUAAUAAAUAAAUAAAACAAUACCGGUAAUUGCUUUUGGGCUAUGGGUUUGGACACAAUGACUUCUGGUCAUUCCUGGCUUUGCAGGGAGCUUAUAAAGGUGAUUCCUAGCCUGCUGAAUUAAAGAAAGCAAUUCACCCCGAGGAUGUUGAGAUCCGUAACCCUAGUUGUUUAUCCUGUUAUCUUUUGCUUGCAUAGGGCUCUAAGUACUGUACAGACAGAUAAGAACUUGGAGCACCACCAUAGCUGCCAAGUUAUCCCUUUUUUACAGGGAUUUUCCCUUAUGCUGAAUAGGCUUCCUCGCGAGAAAAGGGAAAACUUGGCAGCUAUGAGCACCACUGCUUCCCAGAGAAGUCAUGUUAGUUUACAAACUAGUCAAAGGACAGGCUUGGUCUGGGGAAUGCAGUAUUAGUGCCUCCCUACUAGAAGUGGUUCACUAACUGUAAGCAUUCCUAGCUUCUUUAUCAAGGGCAAAGCUGUGGAAAGCAAGGAGGUCUGUGUCCUUGGAGUGAAACGUGUGUGUUCUCGAAACUUUCCAGUGGGAUCUGACUAGCUGUUGGCUAAAAUCUUUAAAAGGCUUUUGGAAGACUGCAUUGCAACUGCAGAGUAAAUCCACAAAGAGAAAUAAUUGCAUUAGAAUGUCUUUUCAUUUUCUAAAGGUCUGUGGUGGUAUUUAUGAAAGUCAUAAUUUCUAAAGAGCAAUGUGGUUUCAGGAAAUUAACUUGACCUUUGUAUUUGACGGUGCUGCCUGGAUAAUUCUCGUUUGACAGCAUUAAUUUUAAAUGUAGGGCAUACAUAGUGUUUUCAUGUUUGUAGACUACAUAAAUAACAUCAGAAAUAUCAAAAUCAGAGUUUUUAUAGAAGAUAUCAGUUACGGAUAUGUUGUCUACCUCUGUAUGCAUUAUGUGCAUUGCAAGGAUACCAUGUUUUGCAAAGGAAACCUAAAACUUUAUAAAAGAAAGUUUCUUUGCACAUUGCACCACCCUUUUAAUGGGAUAUUUCCACAACAAUCUGGACUUUUCAGACUGGUGCUGACAGUUUUAAAAUAUAACAGCUGAUCCCCACACACUGUAGGAUAAAAGCUGGCUUGCUGUGUCUCUUCCCCCCCCCCCCGCCGCCGCCCCCAAUUUCUAAUGUGUGAACACAGAACAAGUCCAAUUGGUAAUCACUUUAAUUUAAUUAAAGCUAAUAUAUGCCAAAACCGUAGCAAAACGGAAAGGCAGACAUAUUUCUCACUUAGUUUUACCUCAUGCAAAUCAGUUGACAAAAGACUGAACUUGGUUGCUUAUUAUUAUGCCAACUUUUAGUUUUCAAGUUAUGUUCAGUAAUAAUAGUUUCUACAGUGUGUUGAGCAUACACUCACAGGAAACAGUUCGGUGAAAGAUGAAUGGUGUGGAACAAAGUAUGUGCUUUCUGCAUUUAUUGCAUCUUUGAAGUCUUAAACUUCCACCACCACCACCAUCGAUACUCCACCACAGUCUGCUCUGUGUUUUACUGAAGUAUCAUGACUCUGCGAGAAACCUGGGACAAUAAAGCAAAGGAAGUGAAGAGUAUGUGAGACUGGAAAGACAAUGAACAGUGGAUAUUGAGUAGGUUUUUUGUUUUGUUUUGGGGGUGAGCACCUGUGCUCCAUCUGUGUGUGUGUAUAUAUAUAUAUAGGCAUGCAUGAGGAGUGGGAGGGAAUUAAACACACAUUCCAAGUUUUUAUAGGACAUUCCCCCCCCCCCUUACCUUAGCUGUCCAUGCACAUGAAUAAUGUCAUUGACCUAAGCAGAACAGCUCAAGUAAGAACAAAUGGAAGGAUUUGGUCCCUGUCAAUUCUGCAUAUUGGUCCCUGUGUAAUGCGAGAAUGCUAAAAGGAAAUUCUUGAAGGAAUUAAAAUAUGAUUCGAUAACUAAACUGUAGGUAAACAUUUCAAGGAAAGUAUGAUUGUGGACCCACACACAUUAUUCCCCACCCUGGUGGGAGAAAGGCAAGACCAACAACAACAGGUGUAAACAAACUGCACAAGACUCCUCCCCCAACCUGCCCAUGAUUGGGCAGUUUAAUUUUGAGGGUGGCCGGCUUUCACACCAUCCCUUGCAGCCGGUCAGAGUAAUUCCCAACGGCUAGCCAUCAUGUGAGAGCAUUAUGCCCCAGGGAGCUGUGGGUGAUGGUGGUGGGCUACAAAUGCCGCCCACCCUGGGACCAGCAGACUCAUGCAAGUAAAGAGUUGGAAGAGCAGUUGCGGUCUGUAUCCAGUGUGGAUGAACUCAUGACAGUACUUUAUCCAGAAUACUGGAAAAUAUUCAAAUGUCAGUUGAGGAAAGGGAGCUGGCAAUACAAUAGGGAACAGCCCAGCUUCGAUGCAAGAUCAGAGGAUUCAAAUCCAGUAAAAUUUGCUGCGGCACAUUACAAUCCCGAGAUCUUGAAAAGUAUUGAUAAUGAGUGGAGAAAAACUCAAUGCAUGCCACGUGAGGUAUGUGUAGAUGUGGGGAAAGAGUAUGGAGCAACAACAAACACCUUCUUUAAACCUCCAUGUGUGUCCAUCUACAGAUGUGGAGGUUGCUGCAAUAGUGAAGGGCUGCAGUGUAUGAAUAUCAGCACAAGCUUCAUCAGUAAAACGUUAUUUGAAAUAACUGUGCCACUGUCUCAUGGUCCCAAACCCGUAACAAUCAGUUUCGCGAAUCAUACAUCCUGCCGAUGCAUGUCCAAACUUGAUGUCUACAGACAAGUUCAUUCAAUCAUUAGACGGUCCUUGUCAGUUACACAAACACAGUGCCAUGUGGCAAACAAAACUUGCCCAAAAAAUCAUAUCUGGAAUAAUCAGAUUUGCAGAUGUCUGGCUUCUUACCUUGGGGAUACCGACACUGCUGAAGGAUACCAUGAUAUCUGUGGACCUAAUAAGGAGCUUGAUGAAGAAACCUGCCAGUGCGUCUGUAAAGGGGGAGUGAGGCCUUCCAGCUGUGGACCUCACAAAGAACUGGAUAGAACAUCGUGCCAGUGUACAUGUAAGAAUAAACUGCUGCCUAGCUCAUGUGGACCCAGCAAGGAUUUUGAUGAAGAAAAGUGCCAAUGUGUAUGUAGAAGAACAUGUCCUAAACAUCAGCCACUAAAUUCUGCAAAGUGUAUUUGUGAAUGUGUGGAAUCUCCAAACAAGUGCUUCUUGAAAGGAAAAAGAUUCAAUCACCAGACAUGCAGCUGCUACAGACCACCAUGUACAGUUCGAACGAAACGCUGUGAACCUGGAUUUUAUUAUAGUGAAGAAGUUUGCCGUUGUGUGCCAACAUAUUGGAAAAGACCACUUAUUAAUUAGUGAAGAAGAUACCAUCUGACA